AUGCUGGCGCUGCUGGCCGCUGGCGUGGCGCUCGCCGUGGCUGCCGGGGCCCAAGACGGCCUGGCGCCCGGCAACCGCUUCGUGUGCACUGCUUUGCCCCCGGAGGCGGCGCGCGCCGGCUGCCCACUGCCCGCGAUGCCCAUGCAGGGCGGCGCGCUGAGCCCCGAGGAGGAGCUGCGGGCCGCGGUGCUGCAGCUGCGUGAGACCGUCGUGCAGCAGAAGGAGACGCUGGGCUCGCAACGCGAGGCCAUUCGCGAGCUCACGGCCAAACUGGGGCGCUGCGAGGGGCUUGCGGGGGGCAAGGCGCCGGGCCGGGCGGCCUCGGGCAAGGACACCAUGGGCGACCUGCCGCGGGACCCUGGCCACGUCGUGGAGCAGCUCAGCCGCUCUCUGCAGACCCUCAAGGACCGCCUGGAGAGCCUCGAGCACCAGCUCCGAGUGAACAUGUCCAGCACGGCGCUGCCCGGCGACUUUCGGGAGGUGCUCCAGCGGCGGCUGGGGGAGCUGGAGAGGCAGCUGCUGAGCAAGGUGGCCGAGCUGGAGGACGAGAAGUCCCUGCUCCACAACGAGACCUCAGCUCACCGCCAGAAGACCGAGAGCGCCCUGAACUCGCUGCUGCAGAGGGUGACCGAGCUGGAGCGAGGCAACAGUGCUUUCAAGUCGCCUGAUGCCUUCAAAGUGUCCCUCCCCCUGCGCACGAACUACCUGUACGGCAAGAUCAAGAAGACGCUGCCCGAGCUGUACGCCUUCACCAUCUGCCUGUGGCUGCGGUCCAGCGCCUCGCCGGGCAUCGGCACCCCGUUCUCUUACGCGGUGCCCGGGCAGGCCAAUGAGAUCGUGCUGAUAGAGUGGGGCAACAACCCCAUUGAGCUGCUCAUCAACGACAAGGUCGCACAGCUGCCCCUGUUUGUCAGUGACGGCAAGUGGCACCACAUCUGUGUCACCUGGACAACGCGGGACGGCAUGUGGGAGGCCUUCCAGGAUGGGGAGAAGCUGGGCACCGGGGAGAACCUGGCCCCGUGGCACCCCAUCAAGCCGGGGGGUGUGCUGAUUCUCGGGCAGGAGCAGGACACGGUUGGGGGCAGGUUCGAUGCCACGCAGGCAUUCGUGGGGGAGCUCAGCCAGUUCAACAUAUGGGACCGCGUCCUUCGUGCACAAGAAAUCAUCAACAUCGCCAACUGCUCCACGAACAUGCCGGGCAACAUCAUCCCCUGGGUGGACAACAACGUGGACGUGUUUGGAGGGGCUUCAAAGUGGCCGGUGGAGACCUGCGAGGAGCGUCUCCUUGACUUGUAGCCACCUGCUCCUCUGUCCAGGAGGCGGGGGUCGGGCCGUUCCCCUUACUCCCCCGGUGGAACUGUGUAUAAACCUCCUGCCAUAGUGCGCCGGGACCCCCAAAGCCCGUUCCCAGGGCAUCUCUAAGCCUGAGGCGUUUGUCACCAGCUUAUUUGUUCCUAACCAAGAUUUUGUUGGUUUUGGGGG